GCUUCGGAACAAGGCCGCGCUAGCGUGUCCAUUAGGCCUAGUGCCUCGGUUCGCUUAGUCACCCCAAUACUCUCCACCACAGUGGGCAGCAUGCAAAGAUUCUGGAAGUGCUACGCUAGGAGACACUGGUGGAGCUGGAUUCGGUCCACCUACUGCUCAGAGGCUUGAGCGUGAGAGACACUCACACAAACACGUGACGUGAGUCACACCAAUAUACCAAACCAUCUCUGAGAUUUUCAUCACCUACCUUCGCCGCAGUAGGAAGUGAUAAUAUGAGUCCAGCAACGUCCUACACUCUACGUCCGCUGGAGCGUAAUCCGCCUAGCAUACCCGGCAAUGCGCUCGAGGGUGGCGCUUUCCGUGUGCAUCUAUCGCAAAAAGAAUUAAAAGCGCUGGGACUUGUCAACGGUGACUGCAUUCGACUAAGUACAGCUGCUGGUUUCAAAGGUCACGGAGUAGCUUGGCUAGCCUCUCAGACGAACCCUGGAAACAAGCCAAUUGCCAAGGUGACUGACCUUCUGCGAGAGCAAUACAAUCUUUCUCUCAACGAUCCUGUUUUCAUCGAAAAGGUCGACUUCUGGAAGCCUCUCAAAUCCAUAGAGAUCGAUCUUGCGGAUGCUCAAAAUCAGAUCGCCAAAUUCAGCUCAAAUGAACAACUUCUGUACUGGCUGCGACAUACUUUAGUCGACUCCGACAUUAUUCUCCCAGGAUGCAGCUUUCCAGUCCAGCAGAAAAGCUUCAAGCAGAAGAGCCACAAGAUGCGCGUCACUGUGCAAAACAUUGACCCGCAUCCGACUGAAAAGCACGCAGUGUAUUUCGAUGAGCUCAUCACUCAAGUCACCACCACUGGUGGCGUUCCCAUUCAGCAAGCACCGAGAGCUCCUACACAAAACUUUCAAGUAAGGUUCGAUGGGAUUGGCGGCCUCUCUAGCCACUUUGCUACCAUAAAUAAACGCCUCUCUUAUCUCACGAAAACCCUGCCUCAUCAACGCGACCUACGCCUGUGUGGACCUACUUCUUUCCUACUACAUGGCCCUGAGGGAACUGGCAAAAGUCUUCUGCUCGAGCGACUAGCGGAAUGCCCAUGGCAGGAAGUGUACCGCAUAGAUCCGGAUACGCAACCAAAGGCACAAGCAAAGGCAAUAUCCGAAGCUUUUGAGGACGCUCGUGAAAACCAACCGAGCUUGAUCCUCAUGGACAAUCUUGAUAGGUUCCUCGACAAGGCUGAUACACUUGUGAACAAACUGCGGACCGAACUAGCAAAGUUGGGUGGCAGCCAAGUAGUUGUCGCGGCAGCAGCACGCAGCAUAUACGACAUUGAUACUAGCCUUCGGUCACCGUCAGCUUUUAAGACAAAGCUCGAACUCUUUCCACCUAAUGCUAAACAGAGAGAAGAUAUUCUAAGACAGAUCUUGGGCACUACUAGCAGACUUGGUGACCUUGACUUCACGGCGCUAGCAGAACGCACCCAUGGCUUCGUCGGGCGCGACAUUCACGAUUUAUGUCUUCUCGCAAGAGACCAACGAGAACAGCAGAUAGACGAGUCGAUAAGCGAAGAGGAGAAAACCACAUUUGGCGAGAAACUUGAGCAGACAGACUACGUGCGUCAAGAGGACUUUGAUGCUGUAUUUGGCGAGGUACAACCGACGGUAUUGAAGGACAGCAUUCUCGAAGUUCCAAAGGUCAGAUGGACAGAUAUAGCUGGUUUGGAUCACGUCCGCGCCGUGCUUGAAGCCAUCACUAUUCGUCCUUUCAAGUAUCCCGACCUCGACGUCAAAUUUGGUGGACCUCAGUCUCGCAAAGGUGUCCUGCUCUACGGUCCACCUGGUUGCGCAAAGACUUUGAUCGCGCAAGCCGUCGCAACAGAAAGCAAACAAAACUUUCUUGCAGUGAAAGGCUCCGAACUCAUCAAGAUGUACGUUGGAGAAUCUGAGCGAGCUAUUCGCGACGUGUUCCGCAGAGCACGCGCAGCGAAACCUUGCAUCAUCUUCUUCGACGAAAUCGACUCCAUUGGUAAAUCGCGUGAGAAGACGCAGGAUAGCGGCCUGAACGUCGUUACAACGCUAUUGAAUGAAAUGGAUGGUAUCGAGGCACUGAAAGAUGUCUUCAUCAUUGGUGCUACCAAUCGACCUGACAUUCUCGACUCGGCGCUCAUCCGUACUGGCCGUUUUGAUGCGCAUAUUCACAUCGGCCUCCCAACCGAGGAAGCGCGAAAGCAGAUCCUGCAGAUUCACACGCGAAAGAGGCCGCUCGCAGAAGACGUUGAUCUAGACGUUGUUGCUAAGAGGACUGAAGGGAGCAGUGGAGCAGAUCUCAGUGGGUUGUGCGCUGUUGCUAUCGAGUUGGCGAUUACAGAGUAUACAGAGGAUCCGAGCCGUGAGGCAAAAGUGCAUAUGCGGCACUUUGAGCAGGCGUUACAGCAGCACGUUCCACAUACCAUUGCAGCGGAAGCAGAACGGUAUAAGAACUGGCGACCAGGCAAGUCGUUAUCGGAGGACUAGAUCGACAGUGUCAUCGGUUUUACCUGACAAUGCAUUAUCUACCCAUAUUGAUCAGGCUAUUUGGGCCAACGUAUUUUGUCCAAAUCGUACCCCAGAGGGCUUCGCAGUGUUUUGCUUCUAUAGUAUAUCAAUACAGGACACAGCUGAUACUUUCGGGUUACAUUAUAACACAAUCAAGCAAGGGUAUUGUGAAACAGAUCCGCGACGCCGUUCUCUCCUCUGCACCAAGAUUCAAGGUUGGUUUUCUUCGCUCAACCAGCAAGCUCCGUCUCUUUAAAAAUUGGUAUGUUGAUGUCGAACUCCUCAUCACACUUUGCCACUCUGCCCAAGAUACAGUUGACUUUCUUCCU